AUGCUAACUCAUUCAAUUGCUGUUGGUGUGAAAUUACAGUUCGUUCAGUGCCAAAGGAAAUUUGGUCGCUGUUGUUCCUUCCCCUCCUCAUUUCCGGGAACAUAUAUCACUGUUAACACCAACACACCCAAAACCUCAAUCUCGUUCAGACCCCUCACACCCUUUUCCGUUCAAACUAAGUGUGGCAAGAUGAGCGAGGUCUUCGACAGGUACUUGCGCCAGUACUGUGAGCUCUCUGCUAACCUCUCCCGCAAAUGUAGUUCUUUCUCUCUUGUUUCUGACCAAGAACAGAAGGUGCAGAAGUUUGCUGAGAUCAAAGCGGGACUAGAUGAUGCUGAUGUUCUGAUUCGGAAAAUGGACCUUGAGGCAAGAAGUUUGCAGCCAAGUCUAAAGGCAAUGCUUCUUGAAAAGUUGAGGGAGUACAAAUCCGACCUAACCAACUUAAAAAAGGAAUUUAAAGGACUAACAUCACCUAAUGCUGAUGAGGCUGCCCGUGAAGAAUUGUUGGAGAUUAGAAUGGACUCUCAUCAUACAAACAACUCACGCCAGGAGAAAGUUCAAAAGUUUGAACAAUUUGUUGACAAACGCUUGAAACCUGAUCUUAUUCAUGCUAUUAGUCAGCGGGACAAGGUUUUUGAACAACAAAAAAUAUUUGCUGAUCUGCGAAGGAACAUUGAAAACCUAGAGAAGAAUAGUGUAUCCAGUCUAAGAACUUUGGUCAAUCUUGGGUCUGAAGUAUACCUGCAGGCAGAAGUGCCAGAUACACAACACAUAUUUGUGGAUGUAGGAUUUGGAUUCCACGUGGAGUUUACUUGGUCUGAAGCUUUGAACUACAUAGGAAAAAGGGAAGAAAAGAUAGCUAGGCAAAUAGAGGAGUACACCCAGUUGAUUGCAUCAAUUAAAGCCCAAAUUAAGCUUGUUUGUGAAGGGAUUCGAGAAUUACUUCAACUUCCAGCUGAGAAAUCCUUACCAGAGCGGAUAUUUUGA